GGGGGCCACAGGCACCAUUGUCCUCACUGACGGAGCCAACAUGAAGAUCACGGUUUUUAGCGGUCCUCUCCUGCUGGUGGCGGUGCUGGCGGUGCCUUGGGUUGCAGCUGCUCCUCUUGAAUCUGCUUCUGAGGAUGAUGAUGUGAAUGCGGCGCUGGAGGCGUUCCUUGACCAGAACCCGUCCGUGGCAGAAGACCUCUACCCAAAGCUGGUGAACGCGGCGAACUACGUCACCCUCAGCCUCGACGAGGACGUUGUCUUGGACUUGGUGGAGAAUUAUAUGAAGGACGUGGCUGCCCAUGUGAUCGCGGACCAGCUUGAGGAAUCAGAGAAGGAAGAGGAAGAGGCUGAAGCUGAGGAGGCCCAGGAGGAGCACGCACGGCAAAAGAGGCAGACCAGUGUGACUGGAGCCAUUAACAGCUCCAGAAAUCCAUUUGGACGGUCCAUCGGGGGUUCGGCCACUGUGAACCACGCCUGGGACAACGGACGCCACUCUCUCAGCGGCACUGUCGGAGGCCAAAGGGACUCGAUCUCUGGGGUGGGCAGAUUCAACAGCUACAACGCCGGGGUGGGCUACAACUUCAACCCCAACAAAAGAACCUCCAUCGGUGUCAACGCCCACAAGAGUUGGACGCCCGCCGGGAACUCACACGGCUUCGGUCUCAGCUUCACCCACAAGUUCGGCCGCUAAGAGACGUUACGGUACCGGCAAGAUGGGGAGAUUAAGGAGACGCCUCUGUGAGCGGCCUAGAGUAAAGAAUGUGACCUGACUUCAUCUUAUCUUCGUGAUCAAGAGCACAAAACCCAUUCACUGUAAUACUAGGGAGAAUCUAAAGUUCUCACAGGUAUCUUUAACUCAGGGGCAGUGCGUUUGAGAUCUCUUUUUUAGUCAAUAUAUAAUAAUUUUUCUAAUGAUAUUUAUUGAUUCUUCCAAAAUCAUAAUGACUGCACGACUGAUUCUUGUACACUUAGACUGGAGUAAUUUGAUUCAACUGUCUUACAAAAAUCAACACUCCAUAGAAGAAAUAUUUUAAUAGAAAAAAAAUCUUAACAAAUGUAUCAGAUCAUGUCGUUUAAGAGGUGCCAAGUUUUUAUGUUUAUGAAUUUACUCUGACAAUAAAACUGAACUAAGCA